AUGUCUGCGAAGACCAAGCAGAUUUUGAUUGAGUUGAAAAAUGGAGAGACCUUGAAUGGAGAUUUGGUCAACUGUGAUUCGUGGAUGAACAUGACAUUAAGCAAUGUCGUACAAACCAGUUCUCUGGGCAACAAGUUCCUUCAGAUCCCGGAGAUUUACGUUAGAGGGAACCAUAUCAAGUUUAUGAGAAUUCCAGAUGAGAUCAUGGAUUAUGCUAAGGAACAACAGCAACUCAACCAAGAGCAACGGAACCGGAACUUUAAUAAGAGAAGACCCAACUUUAGAGAUACUCGAGAAAGAAGACAAAGCCAGGGCAGAGGUGGAUACAAUAGCAAUAACAAUAACAAUAGCAACAAUAACAGCAGUCAUAGUAAUAAUAAUGGUGGUGGUAAUAAUAGUGGACGUAGGAACCAAUCAGGGAACUUCCAUCGUGGAGUACCACAAUCACAAUAG